AUGGUGCGUCUCAUGUAUCUCCUCUCCAUGGCUGUGGCGGCCGCCUCAGAUUCAGGCCAUUGCUCUGCGCCGCAGAGCGCGGCUGGGGCAAAGCUGCUGCAGCGUCACUUGCACACCAGCAAUCCGUUCACCUCCGAACGUCAUGCCGGGUGUCACAAAAUGAUCACUCACUGCCUAAGCCGUGACGAUGCAGAUCAAGCGUUGUUAUUCUACGAAGCAAAUUGGUCCGCCUGGCGGCUGGGCUUCGACAUGUGUUGCAACAGCCAGUACAAUGAGGAGCUGUGCCACGAACUGGAUCAGGUCAUGUUCAACUUCCCUGAGCGUGCCUUUGGCCCUGCGGAUCUCGUGAAGGAGACGCCAGACCCUCCGCUCUCAGACUUUUGCUCGGAGGCCGAGGGCCUGAUGGACGCACACUUUGCCAGGGUCACCUUUGAAGGUGAUACCGUGAUACCCUCACAGCUGCCGAGCCUGUUCCAGAAGGGCAUCAGUUCUCAGAUCAUUCAAGGCGUCCUCUCCAGAGUUGGACGUUCCCGAGGACUCAAGCUCCUCCACAAGUCCGAUGCCACUACUCGUGCACGAGUGAUUCGUCGACACAUCCAGGAGUGCCAAGCGAGUCCAUGCUGGGAGCAGGUGUUUCUGCUGCAGAGCUACUUCAGCGAAGCAGGGAAGCCCUCUCGGCAUGGCAAGUGCCUUCGUCCCCUUGCACAGGUCAACAUGCCAGAUGGUUCAAUGAAGCAGGUAAAAGACAUGAAAGAGGGAGAUCUUGUACGCUCACGUGAGGGGUGGGACUUGGCCAGCGCUGCAAUCUCCUUCAGUCCCUCUUACCGCGAUGAAUACUGUGAGGAGUCUUUGACUUCGAACGGUCAAAUCCUCAAGUACACUAAGUACACUCUGUCUGGUGGACGGCCUCCGCUCUACGUUUCUGAUGAUGUUCAGCUGUUUGUCGUAGAAAGCGGCUCUAUCGUCAAAAAGGAUUCACACUUGGGAUCGGUGGGAGAUGAGCUGGUUACCCUCCACCCUAACGGCACAGUGGCUGGUGGCACUUUCAUCCUGGAGAGAGAGACCUUCGAUGCAGAUUCGAACCUGGUGGAUCAUGACGUUUGCGGGCCAGAGGUCUCCAGCGAGAACGGAUUCUUUGUGAACGGGAUCAACCUGUACUGUCUGAGUGUGAGUUGGCCGCUCCGGUUGCCAGCACCUUUCCUGAUCCUGGCUGUGAUGUAUACGGUGCUUUCGUAG